UCCGGGGGACGGGAUUGGCGAGCGCACCGCCGACACUGUUUCCUGUUCCGUUACCAUGGCGGCCAGACUCAUGAGUCUGGCUCGAGCCGGAUUCCAGAGAACUUUCCGGAACCUGGCUCCUGGCCGCAGUGUUUUAGCAUCACACACUAGGUUUGAGGGAUCUUCUUCUGAGACUCGACCUACCGUCCGACCAAGGAAUGAACUGCAGCACAACCAACUCUCUGCAUUUGGUGAAUAUGUUGCUGAAAUUCUUCCCAAAUACAUCCAACAGGUGCAGGUGACAUGUUUCAAUGAGUUGGAGAUUUUUAUCCAUCCAGAUGGCAUAAUACCAGUGCUGACAUUCCUGCGGGACCACACCAAUGCCCAGUUCAAAUCUCUUGCGGAUGAGACUGCAGUGGAUAUCCCUUCUCGUUCAUUUAGAUUUGAGAUUGUGUAUAACCUGCUUUCACUGCAGUUUAACUCUCGUAUCCGUGUGAAGACUUACACUGAUGAGUUGACACCACUGGAUUCCUUGGUAUCUGUAUUUCAGGCUGCAAACUGGUAUGAGAGAGAGAUUUGGGAUAUGUUUGGUGUAUUCUUUGCUGACCAUCCAGAUCUAAGACGAAUCCUCACAGACUAUGGAUUUGAAGGUCAUCCUUUUCGCAAAGACUUCCCACUCUCUGGCUAUGUAGAGGUACGUUAUGAUGAUGAGGUAAAACGUGUUGUAGCUGAACCUGUUGAACUUGCCCAGGAAUUCCGCAAAUUUGACCUCAACAGUCCAUGGGAAGCUUUCCCAGCGCAUCGUGAGCCAACUGAACUGCCCAAACUUGAGGCAGGAGAGAAAAAAGCUGAGACUAAAUGAAGAGACAGCUGAGUCCUUUGGGAAGAUCUUGACUAAUGUCAAUUUUAAUGCGGACCUAAAAUAGCUGUUUUCUGUACAACCUAAUGGUUUGUGUGAAGCUUAUGUAAAUAAAUUACUCUUAUAAGGUUA